ACAGCUGAGAAACACUCCCCCUUUGCAAAGGGGCAGAAACGGCUCUGCAGCAGUCAGCACCUUUCCAUUCUCAACGUCAAAGAAGCUGCAUGGUUUUACAGCAUGAGUCUAUCAGCUGCCCAGCAAGGAGGUGCUCCAACAUGGAGACAGGCCAGAAUGGAGAUGGCCAAAAGGUUGAAGGACGAGGAGAAGCUCUACUUGUUCGACGGAACGCUCUACCCCGUGGUCCUCUGCCCGGCCGAGAACAUGGAGGCCCUUAGGACCCUGCGGGCCGGACCAGACGACCUGGUUCUGCUUUCCUUCCCUAAGUGCGGAUUCAACUGGAUGGUGGCUGUCUUACGGAAGAUGAUGGUUGCCAUUAAAGGGAAGACUUUCUCAUCGGACAUGCCUCCACAGAUUGAGUUCUGUUCUCCAGAGAUGCAGAAGACAAUAGAACGAGAGCCGUCGCCGAGGUUGCUGGGGAAUCAUUCUCACCCGGAGAAACUGCCUCUGUUGUACCAGUCCAUCAGAGAAAACAAGACAAAGACGCUAAUGAUGUUCAGAAACCCCAAAGACACAGCUGUCUCCUACUUCCACUUCAUGAACAGCAACCCUGCCUUGCCCAACGCAGAGUGGGACAAGUUCUUUUCAGACUUCAUGAGUGGAAAUGUAACAUUUGGAUCAUACUUGGAUCAUAUUGAAGCCUGCACAAAACUAGUUGAUGAACCCAAUGUGAUGACAGUUAUUUAUGAGGAACUAAAGGAGCAGGACUUGACUGAAAAUGUCAGACGGAUUGCGCAGUUCCUCGAGUUCCCCCUGACUGAGGAGCAGGUCCAGGCCAUCUCAGCUGAGAGCACCUUCAGUGCAAUGAAGGAGAACGCCGUCAACACCCACGGCCAAUUUGGCAAUGUUUUAUUCCGGAAAGGUGAGGUGGGUGACUGGAAGAACCACUUCAGUGAGGCCCAGAGCCAGCAGAUGGACGAGGAGUUCAACAAGAGACUAGCAGGAACCAAACUGGGAGCCAAACUCAAAUACGACACCUACUGCAAGUAGGGAGAAGACUGUGGUCAAAUUUGUACUUUUGUACUAAAUACACAGACAUUUGGACAGUAUUUCUGAAGAAUUGCAUCCUGACCCUUAAAGAUUGAAUUCAAGAAUCUAAGGUUUCAUUCUGAUUCUAAGGUUUUCAUUCUGAUUCUAAGACUGCAUAUAUUAUUGACACACUUCCAAUAAAAUCAUAAGAAAAAAACUGCACAAAAACAUACAAAAUCACAUAUCCUAUGUGUGGAUAGUGAAAGCUGGCUAUACCAUGAAUGACAUAGAUGGUUGUAUGCAAAUAUAUUAUAUCCGACUGAGAUCUUGCCUCCAUUUUAUGCCAUAAUUACCUUAUUGUUCACUGUCAGUUGCCAUUUUUUCCUAAAUUUCCUUCGGGAUUAAUAAAGUAUCCAUCUAUCUAUCUA